AUGAAAGUCACCGCUUGUGAUAGUGGCGAAACUCUCAGCAGGUCAUCUGUUCAGGCGUUCUGAAAGAAAGUCCUGGUCAGUCAUUAGUGUCAGCUGGUUGUACCACAACGGUUACUGUAUGGGAUGCUGGUGAAUUGAGAAGUAAUAGAGAUAAGUUUAACAGUUUGUGCUGUGACAAUUUCACAUUUGCAACGUGGCGUAUUUUAAGCAUUACUGUAGUGCAAAACUUUACAUGGGCUUUAAGCUACUGUGCUAGAAUUGCGUCGGUAUUCUUUGUGGAGUCUUUUUUUUAUGCAGUCGAUCGCCUGCAUUGUUGGAAGUGUUUCUGUGAGAGGCGCACCGCUGGAAUUGUCAAGAUUUUUUUCUGGGAACUUUGCAGGCUGGCAUUCAUUCUGGACAUUUUCUGAUAAAGGAAGAAGUUUGAGACUUAAAAUGGCUGACAGUUCAAGUAGUGGAUCAGCGAAGACUGUGUCAGUCCAGGGAGAUAGGAGACAAGAAGACAGGCAUGUCACUCAUCAUAACACAUCUUCACAGGGACAUCAACAAAUGCCAGAAUGUAAGCCCCAACAAGCUCACGAUAAUUCACGUGGCAGAGGCAACCAUGAUAAUUCACGAGACAGAGGCUACCAUGAUAAUUCAGGUGGCAAAGGCUAUCGUUAUAAUUCAGGUGGCAGAGGCUACCAGGAUAAUUCAGGUGGCAGAGGCUAUCGUGAUAAUUCAGGUGGCAGAGGCUAUCGUGAUAAUUCACGAGACAGAGGCUACCAGGAUAAUUCACGAGACAGAGGCUACCAUGAUAAUUCAGGUGGCAAAGGCUAUCGUUAUAAUUCAGGUGGCAGAGGCUACCGUGAUAAUUCUGGUGGCAGAGGGUACCAGGAUAAUUCAGGUGGCAGAGGCUAUCGUGAUAAUUCAGGUGGCAGAGGCUAUCGUGAUAAUUCACGAGACAGAGGCUACCAGGAUAAUUCACGUGGCAGAGGUUACCAUGAUAACUCUGGUGGCAGAGGCUACCAUGAUAAUUCAGGUGGCAGAAGUAGAGGGUCUCGGAGCUAUGACUCACAAAGAGGAGAUGGUAACUACGACAGAGGUGGAAACUGGCAUGGAGAUGGCAGUGGUCCACAAAGAGCUGGUCCCUACCCAUCACAUUCCAGGGGAUCAGACAAUAAUGACCUGAUUUAUCUGUCAAAAUCACUGGCAUGGAUCCUGAGGCAUGCUGCAGGAAACCAGGGCUUUAAAUUUUUACCAGGAGGAUUCCUGUAUGUGGAUGACAUCUUAAGACUUCCAAGGUUUAGAGGUUUUGCAAUCCCUGAAGUACAAAAGGUUGUUGCUGAGAAUGACAAACAGCGGUUUGCACUUGAGAAAGACAAGCAGAGUGGCAAGCUGAUGAUCCGAGCUAACCAAGGCCAUUCAGUACAGGUGGAGGGCCUGGCCUUGACUCCGAUCACCAUUGAGAAUGCUGACGACUACCCCCAGGUAAUUCAUGGCACUUACCUGAAGAACUGGGAGUCAAUUAAGAAACAGGGCCUGUGUAGAAUGAGCCGUAAUCACAUCCACUUUGCCCCAGGGGAGCCAGGCAUGGAUGGAGUUAUCAGUGGCAUGCGUAAAAGUUGUGAAGUGCUGAUAUUUCUGGACUUGAAAACAGCACUCAGAGAUGGAAUGGAGUUCUUCUUGUCAUCAAACAAUGUAAUACUCAGCCCUGGUGACAAAGAUGGCUGUAUUUACCCCUACUAUUUUGAAGGAGUGCAGCAACGCAGCCCUAGACACAAACUAGACUUUGACAAGUCUAUCAAAUCUAAGGUGGUGUCAGCUCAGGAAGCAACUGAUGAACAUGAAGCAAAUAGGAAGAAAAGGAAGAAAAAUAAAAAAAAGAAGAAAGGCACGAAUGUUGACACAGAAGAUGACGAAAAGGAAUGGAAGCCACCUGGUGGGAAUAAAGAGGGAGAAUCUAGUGUGGAGGAGGAAAUGGGCAGAACUGAGGGUGUAGGAACUGGAGCUGAAGAGGGAGGGGCUGGAGCUAAAGAGGGAGGGGCUGGAGCUAAAGAGGAAGGGUCUGGAGCUGAAGAAGAACGGCCUGGAACUGUGGAAAGCAAGGGUGAAACUGCAAUUAGAAUGGAUAACGUUGAUCAGAACAAGGGAGACAACCCACUGCUGAAGGAAGAAGGAGAGACUGAUAUGGAAGUGGAUGACGCUGACAUGACAGCAGGAAAGCAGCAGGAUGUGUCCCCACAGGCUGAUGUUUCUGGAAGAACAGGGUAUAAUGAGGGGGACAAGCCAGAGGGUUUGGAAUCCAUGGAGGUGGACCAGAACCGAGAGACAGGAGUUAAAGACCGGGGGACAAAUGCAGAGAUGAAGGGGACUGAGUCAAAGAGUAAGAAGAAACAGGCUGGGGCAGCCAGAGACAAAAGUAAUGAAGGCAAUGAAGGAAACCCCCCAACCGUUUGGCAGAUUGACAGUGUGGAGAAAUGUGAGGAGGCAGUACAGUUUUUUGAAAGCAUUGAUACACAAGGUGGAGAGAAUUGUCUUGCUGUUGCUUGUUUUCCCGACAAAGCACAACAUUUUUCCGUCAUAUGGGCAAGUGAUGUCUACAAGAAUAUCUACAUCUUCGAUCUCGUAAAGUGUCCAGAACUUUUGAGUGAAAACCAGCCAUUGUUUCUUCUGAUCCAGGACAAUAAGAACAUAAUGAAGAUUUUGCACAACUGUAUUCCUACAUGUAAGGUGCUAUUUAAGGAGUAUGAGAUAUGUGUGACACAUGCCAAGCUGUGCGAUGUACAGACCAUGUAUGAGGUAUUGGCGAAGAAGCCUGACAACAGCCUGGACCCUGGUGCCAGUAAUUUUCUGUCAGACAUAGCCCAGCAGCUGUCAUGUUCUGAUGCCUGUAUCCCUGGUGAUGAGCAGAUUGACUGGACUCAGCGACCGCUGACAGAUGACAUGGACCCUGUCAUCAAAACAACACUGAUGACCCUUAUGGAUGUCUACAGGAAGAUGCUUGAGAAAGGCCCAGACAAGGAGUGGAAAAGACUGAUGUACGAGAGAAUGAAAAGUGAGAUUGAUUCAGAGGCUGAGGUAGCUUUGUAUGAAAAGAGGAAAAAGGAAGAAAAGGGCAAGAAGAAAAGUACCACUGCUCCAGAGGCUAAUAAACCAACAGUACAGAAAAGUAAGAGUAAGGGUAAAAAUAAGGGUAAGAGUAAGAAGUAAGCUGUCCAGUUCCGUACAUGCAAUACAUGGAAUACACGUUCCAUGUGCAUGUGGUGACUAUGUCCUAGUAGAUAGGACUUG